AUGGACGCUUCCGCCGACGCCACCGCCACUGAAAUAGAUAAUCUCUAUACCGAGCGCCUCGAUGCAUUUUUACAGAAACAAGUGGCGGAUAUCUCAACCUUCGCUGUGCGAGAGGGACGGUCUGCGGAUGAGGUGGGCCGGCGCGUGUCAGAGUGGCACAUGCGUCGGUUAAUGGACGAGCUCGCUCAGAGUAGUGCGCCCCAGGAUGGGCAGGAACGACUCCAUACAAUCCGGUCUGCCCUCAUCUCAAUAUCUUCAGCCCUCGAAUCGUUGCAUAUGGCUACUGGCGUGCACAGUCUACUCGUGUCUGCGGAUCCAUACGAUGCCACAGCUUCCGGUUUCGUCGGUGGCACGCCGUUGGCACGCGAAUUUUGGCGAGGGAUGAGGGGUGGAGGAGAGAAAGGCGUCGCCGCGCUUAGAGAUGUGGCUCUGAAAGUUCAGCACGGUGCGAGUGGGAGCGCAGGUUUCGUGGAAGGGGCGGCUGCAUUGGCGAGUGUGAAGGGCAAAAGCCCCGCGUACAAGCUCAAGACCGACGUUUACGCCAAGGUUCGAACCGCACUACGAACAACGUCCGGUAACCGUACCGCCGAGAUGAAAUGGACAAACCAUCCUCAGUUGCAAGUCUACGGCGUUCGGUUGGAAGGGUGGCCUGCACAUGUACCACACGCCAACCCGUCUAUGCUCUCAGCGGCACAGAACACCGCCUUGCGAGACGCUCUCGAUGGAGGUGAUAUGCGGUUCGUUAGGCUAGAUGCUGCUGGGAAUGGCAAUGUGCCAAGCGCGGCCGUCGACAUGGACGAAGACAACGAUAUGUGGGAUCUUGUCAGUGAGAAUGGCGGCGCGGGAAGGUCAGAGGAUGCGGACGCUGGGCAAGCCGAAGCUAGGAAACGGCCAAGACUGGACGGCAGUUCUGCGUCUCAUACUUGA